CCACUUGAAAUGUCCUGGCUCGAAGCAGGGAAGGCCGGAAACUAAAGGUACUCUUUUUCUUGCGAAACAUAACAGCUGCUCCUGGCACUUUCCUGCAGCUGCUGCGCAAUCGGCAUUCUCUCAUGCCGCCUUGCAUCCUCAACCUGAACUUGUGGAUUGGAAAUCAAUACUAGUUGGCCCUGGCAUUGCUGGCUCGACUUGACUUUCAAUCCAAAGUGUAACUUUCCAAAAUUCAAAGCAUAACCACAGAAAUUUUUCAUCAAGCAACACCAAGCCAGAAAUAUGAAGAACUCCCAGAAACCCUUGAACCCAAGCCGGCUAACACCCUCGCGUCUUCUCGACCCCGAGCACUACAGCAUCGAUGAUGUGUACGCCCAAUUCGAGACGUACAGGAAGCAGAAGCUGGAGGAACAGCAGGAGCAGAGUCGCAGGCUGAAGAUGAAGUUUACCUUGUCGGCGGAUCUCCGGGAACUAAACGCCCAUAUGGAAAACCUGCGUGUGGGCAUGCAGUGGCUCCACGACCAGCAGAAGAGCGACCUCCUGACACAAAUGGAUAUCAAUGCCAUUGAUAUAGCUCCCGCAGAGAAAAAUUCGAAAAAAGCUUCCAGCCAGGAUCGUGGGGACGGCGCAGAGCUGCCGGAUUUGGUAAUUAGCUGCGGGACAAGCAAAUGCUUGUUCGAAGGCUGCGGCCGGAAGAUAGACAGCCAGGUGCUGCUGCUGCACUACCUCUGCGACCACAAGCCCCAACUGUCCUCCUCGCUACGCUGCCUGCCCCUGGUGGAGGGUGAACGGGUGGUGUUCUCCUUCCAGCCGAAGUUGUGCGAGUUUCGGGUCAACCAGAUCUUGGGACUGCUAGCUUACGGUGGCCUUCUGGAGGAGCAGUUUGUUCCGAGCAGCCGCAAGCGACACAUAUACAACAGCUUCCUGCCGGACAAGCACUCGCAUCUAAGGACGCAUGUUUCCGUGGUGGUCCUCAUUUGCCGGACAGCAGUCCAUGCAGCACUAAUGGACAAGAAGCUGGCCAGAAGGGCACAGCUGCAGGAGAAUAGGCAGGAUCAGAUCUACGUGAUUUGGCUGGUGACGCCCUGCAAUCAGAUCAAGUUGAACGCCACGCUAUUCCUGUGCGGUCGGGACGCGGCUGUCCGGACCUGUAACGUGGUGGGAGUGCGCAAGGCCAAUAGCAGCCAGGACACGGCCCGGUUCAUGGCAGUGGAUGCCAACUACUGGAGACUCACGCACAGCGAAAUGGAAAAGCUUUCGAACGGCUUCAGGGACGAGCUUAAUCUAGAGAUUGGACUGACUGAGCCGAAUGCCUAGCCCUACUGGAACGCUUCU